AUGGCGAUCGACAGGGAAAAACGGAAACAGCGCGUGCCGCGGAUGUCGACGCUGCCUGGACUAGAUUCCGGCCUCCAGAUUCCUGUCGUUCACUCGCAAAAGGAAACCCCCUUGGACAUUGCAGUGAGGAAAGAAGCCCGGGAAAUCGCAGAUUUCUUGACCCAUCCACCCAGUGUUUUACCAGGUCCAGCAAGAAGCACAUCGAGGUCACGACACAAAGGGGCCGUGAAGCGAGAGAAACCCCGUUUGCGACAGGUGUCGAGUGACGACACUACGCGACACCGACGUCGACACGCCAGCGAUUCUCCACACGACCACCACAAUCACCACCACCACCAUCACCAGCACCACAGAAACGCCAGUGGCAGCAACAGGCAUGGCCGGCGAAUGAAGGGUGCACGAAGUUCUGGUCGUCGAGCGAAUGUUCCGCACUCUGUCCCCUGGAGCCCCUAUGGGUGUCACUAUUCACCGAACCCCAAGGAAUUCCCGAAACCCAAGCUGGAUUCCUUGCCACCACAGCCACUGCAGAAGGGCGAGCUCUACUACAUCGACUUGGCCGGCAAUAUCCGGAAGGGCCCGGUUGGAGUGGGAACAGCCUGCUAUUGCAGCCCGUUGUUCAGGAGACUAGAGUCGCGAAUAGACCACGACAGGGCAGAGAUUUCUCAUAAUCUGGAAACCACCAAGAACAAGCUCACUCAGAGGAUUUCCGCCUUGGAGUUGCAGACCAGGAGCCAGUUGGCAAGCCUGGACCAGAGGCUGUCCCUGUGGGAACGGAUGCGACGCCAAGGAUCCCCCUUGAGACCACACAGUCCCUCAGCUCAUAUCAGCACUGGUCGGUUGAACGAAAUCCAAACCAAUGGAACCCUCACUCGGUCUCGGUCAGAAGAGAAACUCGCCCAGGGCCCCACUCAUCGACCCUCCUCCACCGGCGGAUUGCCGCGCGCCAAAAGCUCCCACCAAGUCGACUCCUCCUACAAAAACCUCGUGGUCAGAAGCACGCCGACGAGCGACACGGGCCGCGUAUUGGUCGCCGGCGCCGCGAGUAAAUUGCGGCAAAAGCGGUCCAAAGACCACCGCCUCAAACAGUCGGCCUUGGCUGCCAGGAGCAAGUUCAUGCAAGACUUCGAACUCAGCAGCGGAAGUGACAGCGAUGGAGAAGAGGAUGAGCGGGAAGAAGAGGAAGUGACAGUCAGAAGUGAGAAGAUGGAGGAUGAGGUGGAUGUAAGUCGGAGCAUGACUCGAGUUGAAGACGAUGGUGUGGUCAUGGCUGGAGAGGACAAGUACAUGACCGUCAAGCAUAAGACAUCACCUUCAGAAAAGAGUAAGAGACCCGUGGAAGGAGAUCAAGGAGAAGAAAAUAGUUCACCACCACCAGUUGUGAAGGCCACAGUAAACUUCAAACCUGGGACUGAAAUCUAUGAACUUCGGCAUCAAGAUCAUCUUGUGACGACUUACUUGAACCGGAUCCAAACCAACGUUCGAACCCUGAGGGAGAAAUUCGAGAAACAGCUGCAGGUGUCGCAAGAGGACCUGGCACCUAGCGGUGAACUGAGCAAGGCACAAGCUCGAGUUGCCAUGGUUUCUCCACAGGUGCCACUGCCUCCCGCACCAGGUGCCGUCCAAGUUCUGCCUCAAUUGUGUUCCAGUUCCUCAGCAGCCAGUUCUUCAGGCAUCGGGCACUCGACAGACACGAGUUCCGGUGUGCCAAAGCGGGUUCUUCCGCAGAAGCCCUUGCUUGAGAAGGACGAGCAUAAUGACUCGGGUUACAGCAUCACGAGAUUCAACAACAGCCCCCCUUUCACUCAUCCUGGAAACUCAAAUUCUGGAUCCCCAGAAGUGCCAGACCAGGACUCCAACUACCACAGCUCAGAAGAGAACUCCUUGACACCAACAGAGGAGGCCAACAGACGAGCUGUGUCAGGCAAGCAUGCCGCCCAAUCUACAAUAGCUCCUCCACCACACCCUCAGCCGCCAUCCUGGCGACCUCCGCCCCCUGUUACCGCAUCAUCCUCUGUGCCGCCUCCAUCAACUUCCACGGGUCUCUGGCGCCCUCAACCCCCAGACUAUGAAACAGCCACCGUGAAACGUCUGACCAAGGAUUUCCUAAAGCCUCACAUGGCAGUGCCAAACCAGGUCACUCAGCCGCCGUCUCGUCCACCACCACUGACACCAACUUACGAAGUGUACCAGGUUUAUGGUCAGAAUCCUCCAGUUUCCGGUUACCAACAUGGUCACUCAAUGCCAUACACCAGGUCUAGUCUCGUUUGAAUUUACUUUUCUGGUGGCAGAUUUUGUUGAGGGAAAGAAGGUUGGGGGUUGCAGAGCUUGACAGUGUUUGUUGAUUUCAUUCUGAGCUCAAUUGAGGUGAUUCGAAGGGAGAUAUUUUUUUCAAGUAAGUCAGGAGUACCUCAAAUUUUUGUUGUUGAUCGAAUGUAUGUAAGUGAAGAUGUGUUUUUAUGCGGAUUUUUUUGAGGGAAAUUGAGAGAAAGUUCAAUUCAGCUUGUAUGAGAUUAGAUAAGGGAAAAUCGAUUUUUUUUCUGUAUUUCACUUUAGAGCACUACUAUGGUCAGCAUAUUGUCACAGAGUAAAGUUUUAGUAAACGAAAAAUGUCACUGUGUGCUUUAAAACCAAGCUAACUGGUGUGCUUUUUUUUUAAUUGAUCAAGUCCAAUUGAUUCAUUUGAAUUUGAAGAAAAAUCAGAAAAUAUAAUCGAAGGAUGCGUUUUCUGAGGUUCAUGAUUCGUACGAUGUUGGGUGAAAUUCGUUUGCGUGGUAAUAAAUCGCGAAUGGUGAGUUCAUUUCUUGGGAAAAAUUUCUAAAUAAAACACUUACAC